CGACUCGACCCUGCCGUUCCGACCAAACCUAUCGACUUCUCAUGCUCAUCAUCAGCCGCUUUCGUGCUUAGGCCAGAACGAUGUGUAGUGCUUUGUGUUGAAGUGCUCGUGGUGACAUGGCGUCCUUUUUUUAAUCGUUGUGGAUAGUGAUUUCAGCUCGUGAAUAUUGUUUAUUUACGAUGAGUGUGAAUUAUGAUCGUGUUUGUAGACUGUGCUUGUCAUCUCGAGGCGAAUUACUGCCGAUUUUUCCUACCACCAGUUCGGAUGACACGGAGCCUCCCAUCCUAGCUUCGAAAAUCAAGGAUUGUGUGUCUGUACAAAUAAAUGAAAAUGACGAACUACCAACUAAUGUCUGCAGAAAGUGCAUGGACAAUGUCAACAAUUGGCACAUAUUUAAGUCAGUAUGUGAAAGGACACAAAACAAACUACAGUCUCUGUUUAAUAAGGAUGGCAGCCAACUAGAAGAGGUGCAUGUUAAAAGUGAACCUUUCUCUGAUGAAGCCUAUGAUGAUGGAGUGGUCAUUGAUGGGUCAUACCCUGAAGCAGAGAAUGCUGCCACUUCAAGUAAAGUACAGCCAGAAGGCCCACCAAUCUUGGCUUCAUUGGGGCUCACACCGAGGAGUGAUAAGGGCGCGGAGAGUGAGAAAGAUGAAGACGAUGAGGAAGAUGAAGAAGAAGAGGAAAUGAACGAGCCUGCUCAAAUCUUCGCGAAGGUUCCCAACAUGCCUGAAGUUUCCAUCACCGUGAUGCGGCCUACGGGAGAAACCCUGCAGUCUCGACAAGGCAUCCAGCAGCUAGCAUCCAAAGAUUGUUUGGUUUGUGGACGCUCCUAUAGAUAUUCCCAUAAUGCUAGACGGCACGAGCUAACUGCUCAUAGCUUUGACAGAUACACCAACAAAGUAACAACGAACAAAAAGUCCCAUUCGCAAAUGCAACCAAAACUGAGACCUAACCCUUUCAAUCCUAAAGCUCGGUUGAUGCCAAACCCCAUCAGUCACAAAAUGCAACUUAUUCCAAAAGGCAUAUCUGCUAAAAUUAUGCCUCAAAAAAUUGUAGCGCCACCAAAACCUAUACCUAUAAAGCCAUCAAAGGGACCGCAGAACAAUCUGCCUUAUCCACUUCGCAUUAAGGCUCUUAAAGAUCUACAAAUUAAGAAAAAAGAGCCACAAAUUUUGAAAACUUUGCUAACUACAAAACCUGAAGUCUUAGUAUCUGAACCUGAAAUUUUGAACUCUGCUCCAGAAAGCCCAGAAACUUUGAUUUCUGAACCAGAGAUAGCUUCAUUCCAAGUUGAAACUAUACUGUCUGAACCAGAUGGAUACGAUCAGAACAAUGGAGAUGAGAUGGACGGAGAAGACCUUGACAAUCAAAAUCCAGCUUAUGACACAGUAGAUAUGGAGUCUGACAAUGAAAUAGAGAUUGCUCAACAAAAGGACGACGUUCAUCAAUAUGCUAAUGAUCAUGAUAUGGAAGAAGAAAACGCUGAUAACGAUGGUGAGAAUAACGUUGACGACAGUCAUGAAAAUCCGCAAGACGAUGACAAGGAAGGUCAAGUUGACGGUGUUGAAGCUAAAACUGAAGAAGAUAACAAAGUUGACGAAUAUGCCAAUGAAGGUGACCACGACAGUCAUGAGAAUCAAGAAGAAAAUGAGGAUGAAGGAGACGAAGAGCUACCGCCAAUGGAAAUAGCGCCUGUGGUCGAAAUUAAUGAAGAUAUGCACAACACCAAUUCAUACAACAGCGAGCCGAAUGAAGAGGAGGAAGAAGAACUUGAAGAUACAGCAGACAAUAACGAUACUGUAGAUAGUGUAGAACAAAAGGAACUCGAUCCUAACAAGCUGUAUGUAACGAAAACCCAAAGAGAUUUCAUAUUAAAAUAUAGGGACAUAAUUGAACAGAUAAAUACAAAAUGUUGUUUGUGUUGCAAGAGAGAACAUCCUCGCAGAAAAGCCGUAAUUCAGCACUUGCAAAAGAAUGGACAUAAAGUACCCAAACACACUUGUUACAACUGUGUUGUAACUUUCACUCAUAUUGGGGCUCUACUUAGCCACAUGAGAUCCAAUACUUGCACAGAUUUGUGGAAAAUCAUUUAUAACGAAGGAGGCAUUACUGAUGACGUGGUAAUUGAUGAUCCCAAAAAAGUUCAGUACAAAGAUAUAUUCAAUGCCAGAUCUUAUGCUUGUAAGCUGUGUCCAGCUAAGUUUCAAUUGAAACAGUUUAUAAUGAAACAUGUAUUGGAUGUUCAUGAAGAUGGCCAGUCUAUGGUGCCUCUUUCAUGUGUGCAUUGUGGAAGUAGAUUCAAAGACAGACAGACGUGGAAGAAACACAUACGUAAUGGCGAAUGCACGGUGUAUAUCGCUUGUGAUCUUUGCUCUGAAAAGUUCAUUAAUAUGCAAGAUUUUAAUGAUCAUGCUUUGGCUACUCAUGCCGGAAGCUUUGAAGCAAACAAUCAAAGUAAGUGCGUUGACGGACGACCAACAGAUUGCCCAUUAUGUGACAAGAAACUUAACUCAUAUCAACACCUGAUAAAACAUUUGAAGUUCGCUCAUAAUGAAGAUAAACCUCACUUUUGUAGGCAUUGUGAUGCAAAGUUCGAAGCUACGGCAGAUCUUGACCAGCACAUUUACACUGAGCAUUCUGAUAAAUCUCUGGGUAACCGGAGUAUGGAGCCCGACAUGUCACUGGUGAAAGAGGAAGCAGAAGAAUAUCAUUACUCAUGCACUGAAUGUAAUGCCAUUUUUGAAACUGUUGACGCUUGGACUGAUCACCAAGUAGCUGAACAUAAUCAAGUAGCACAUCAUUGCGACCAGUGCGAAAAGAAGUUCUUGAGACCAUCUGAACUUGCUGAACAUAAAAAUACACAUCUUCGUGUCAAGUUUUAUCCAUGCAGUGUCUGUGCUAAUUCUUACAGUACACCACAAAAAUUGUCAGACCAUGUGCAACAAGCACAUCCUGGCGCAGGAGCUUAUACGCCUGCCGAAUCUGAAUUUUAUUGUGACAUUUGCAUCAGGUCAUUCAAGAGUCGCCAAGCAUAUUCCAACCACAUGCGUAUUCAUGCCAAAGUACCCACCACCAACAGAAAGCCGGGAGAGCCAAAAAGUUUCGCUCCUCAAAUUAUUGGAAAGCCAAUCAAACAGUUUAAUAUUGCACAGCAAGGUGUUGUUUUCAAGCCAAAUUGUAAUGUUCCUAAUGCUCCGUACUCAUGUGAUAUUUGCGGUAAAGGGUUCAUGCAUAAGAAGAACAUAUGGAAGCACAAAAAGGUGCUACAUGCUGAUCUUCUUAACGACCGGAAUGACAGCGAGGACAAUACCAUGCACGCUUCAACCGAGGAAGAUGAAUAUACUAUUGAUGAGAAUGGUACUGGACUAUCGACCCCUCAGUUUAAUAGCUUCAAUUUCACCCACUUUGCCAACAGUGCGCAACAGCAAUCUCAGGCAGAAGUAUACACUUGCGACAUUUGCUAUCAGCGAUUUUCAUUUAGAGACAGCUUGAGAAAGCAUAAGCGUGCCAAACAUGGUAGCGUAAAUCCCAUUGCGGGUAGUAGCUCUGAAACUCAAUCAACACCUGUUAGCGAAGGCUCCAGGUCCAGUUGCACAAUCUGUAAGAUUACUUUUUCAGACAAAAAGUCGUAUUAUCGUCAUAGGAAGAAUGUGCAUAAAACCUCGACACAGAUGUGUAAAAUAUGCGGCAAACCAUUGAACUCUACGUUAGAGUUGUAUGAACAUCUGAAAGCUGCUCACGCGAGAGAGUUACUAGGCUAUAACGCUAACCAAGGUUCCAGUAAGUCUCAAGACAUGACACAAGAAUUAGAAAUUGAAUAUGAUGGCGAUCAGGAUACUGUGGACCCCAACGUGGACUACCAAGCGCGUUACCCGUGUGACACUUGCGGCAAACAGUUCGUUGGAUUACUGGCUUUACAAAAUCACCAAUGUAUAAGUCCACCCACCCAGCCGCAAACGUUUGAUUGCGAAAUUUGCCACAAGAGCUAUACAUCUAUUGCUGCGCUAAAGAGUCACCGCGGUUGGCACUUACGAUCGCCAGACGGUAAAGCGGCUGCCAAUAAUUCCGGACUAUGGAUGCCCCAGCACAAAGUGACAAGUAAGGUCAGUAAACAUGAGGUAGUUGACCAAGCUAAACUGCCCCGUAUGACUCAAUCUGCUCCAGCUACGAGCGUUAUUGCCAAGAGGAGAUUGCCUCCAGAAGUUGAAGUUACUGUCGUAAAUCCGAACAAAAAGAUGCGUUCUGACGAUUCGGUUGAGAUGGAUCAACAUAAUAAUACGUCGUCAAGUGGCGUGGACGAUAGAUAUUGUACGAUUUGUGAUAAGGAGUUCACUAAACGAGCUGCUUAUCAGCGCCAUAUGGAUGAGGUGCAUCAGCCUAAUUCCGUAUUUUGCCCAGUUUGUGACAAAAGUUUUACACGUAAAUCAACUUUACUCGUGCACAUGAAAAAACAUUACGAGGGUGGCGAAGGAAGCUCAUCUACAGUCGGCCAAGCAGAUGAUGAGGCUCUUGCUUGUGACCUCUGUGGAGCUCAGUACGACAAUGCACAAGCUUUGAGAGCUCACCGUAUAAGGCACCACGGAGAGGAGGAGUCUGAUCACGACUCUGAGGAAGAUGGCAGUGGCGGCAAUGCCACCCAGCCGGGAGAAUUCACUUGCGCCCAGUGCGGUGACGGCGUAGCCACUCCUCGUGAUUUGAUCGCCCACCGCACAAUGCAUGCUACUCCCACCAAGUAUUUCUGUAACAUUUGCAAAGUCUACUUCGCGAGAGCUCUAGAUUUGUCUUCCCACACAAGAGCAAGGCAUAGUGAGGGCGAAAAGAGUGCCACUUACCCUUGUGCGAUGUGCGACCGAUUCUAUAUGAAUAAGAAGAGUUUGCAGCGGCACAUUGAAAUGGCUCAUUGAUCUUUCCCUCACACGUAAGUUACUCUCCAAGCCCUAUAUUUACGAUUUCAAUGUGAGUUGCAAACUUUCUAUUUGUAGAACUUUCGGCUUGACCGAUUGCUAAAAUACAAGUUCCAUUGUAGUGGGAUUUAUUAGACUUAUAAAUAAUAUUGUGUUGGUCUUAAUAAGAUAUUAUUUAAUAUUAUUUUGUCAUUCCUUUAUUGUACUUUUGUGGAUUUGCUAUCGAUAUAAAACACGUCUUUAUUUUCUUGGUUUAAUGCUUGUCAUUUUAAGUAUUUGCUCAUUUUAAUGUUAUUUAUUACUAUAGUGCUACUUUUAAUUUAAUGUCCUUUGUGAUGAGGACUGUUACCUCGGUAACAGUUGUGUGGGAUUCACAUUUGGGCCCCUUAGACAUUUAGGUAUUUUUUAUAAUUACAAAAAUAAUUGUAAUUUUAAUUACUCGUAAAUUAGGCGAAGUGAUUUAUGCAUUUCUUUGUAUUUUAAUAUUGGAAUCAUGGGCCAAAAUUUUAAUGAUGUAGUCAAAUGAAAAUCAGUCAACCGGGUGUUAACUUUUAUCUAUAAGUUAUCAGUUGUAUUUUCAAAAUUGUGAAGUAUAUUGAAAUCGAUAUUUUUAUGGGAAUAGUGUGAAAUUGGACAAUUUAAUAAUUUACUGUUACUGAUUAGUUUUAAAUACAUAAUUGUAAAUAAUAUAAUAGGGUAUUUUUAUGAUUUGAGGGCGAAAUGAGUUAUUAUUUGGACUUCUACACGAAACAAUCGUCUAAGUUUUAGUAAAAUGUACUGAUUAUUUUAAUAAUUUCAAAUGUAUAAUUUCUACAAAGUGCUUACCACUAAAGGGCAUAUCUCCUCAUCUAUGGUUAAAGGUUUACAAUACACCUAAAAUAUGUAAAACAUACUUUUAGGGAUUAAGUAUUAUGGCCUACUGUCUUGAGGUUAAGAUUCCUUGUACAUUAAGAGUUCGACUUCUUAUUGUAGGAUAAUUUACUGUACAAACCUUUGUACUUUUGCAUGUAUUCUAACAGUUCUGUUAUUCCUAUACCCACCAUUUACAACGUAUAAAAACGUAGUAGGUGCCAAAUAUUCAUCUAUCUAUAAAUGCUAUUUUAGGGAAAAUAAAAUGUAUAUUUAUCGUAAUAUUAACAUUGUACAAAUGUAUAUUUGCACAGUUGAAUUCAAAUGCUCCUGCUUUGAAACAAAAAAGAACAUUAAUGUAUUACAUAGUCUGCCUUUAGUCGACAUUUACUCUGUAGUGUAACAAAGUUCUUUACACUAUUAAUUGAAAAUAUUUAUGAAGCUUUGAGGCCAUUUUCGUUAUUUAUUUUCGAAUAAUACGGCGCUUCAUCUUUUUUAUGGUUUGUUUUUAGUUGACUAAUGGCAUAAGGCGAAAAACAGAACGGUAGCAAUUAUUUCCGGCUCAAUGUUGCCGUUAAAACAUAGUUUCUACUCAUUAAUUGUCAAGAGUUUGACAGACAACAAUAGAAACUGCUAAACGGCAAUACUGAAUCGGAAAGACAAUAUCUUUAAAUAGUUUGCUCUGAUGACUGAGGAGCAGAAGGUAAAUAAUAAACAAAUAAAUAAAUAAAUAAAUAUUAGAC